GUGCUUACGCCAAACGCUAACUCUGUCUUCUGUCUCCAGCUGGACGAGACCGAGAUGUACUCCGCGCGGGAGCUGCUCCGCGACGUGUCGCACUGCGGCGCGCGGCGCGUCGUGGUGGUCGCGGACCAGAGCUACGCGCGGGACCUGGUCCGGCACGCCGCCCAGCUGCACGAGUCCUCGCGGGGGCUCCGCAACGUGGUGGUGCUGGCGGCCCCCGGAGCAGCCCCCGGGGCCCCCGCGGCUUCGGCGCCGAGCUGGACGAGCCACUGGACGGAGCCCCGCCACCGGCACGCCUGCCUCGCCGACCUGGCGCCGGACAAGGAGGCGGAUGCGGACGCCGUGUUCCUGGGCGCGCCCUCGCUGCUCAACACCACGCUGACGGGCAUGCCGUGCGGGCUGGCCAGGGACCUGCAGACCCUGGGCCAGGCAGGGCUCUCGCGAGAGCAGCAGCGCCUGCACCGACGGUACAGCGGCUGCCAGAACCUGUCCACGAGGGAGUGGAUGGCCGCGCAGGACGAGGACGACCGCCAGGACGGGCAGGACGACGAAGACCAGGACGGCGACGACGACGGCAAGGCCAACAGAAGUCGCUCCGAGAACAAGGCGUAGUCGUCGCUCACGGUGAUGCAACGCGUGAUGCACGUGGAGUGCUGACCUGUCUGUCUGAGGAAAAGAGACAGAGAGGAUUAAGCCUCCGUAGAGACACCAAUAAAUCGGUCUUUGGGAGCUCCAACGUGGGGUCUACCUGGCGGGCGAGGUGGAGCACAGGGGUUUCCUUUAAAGUAGAUUAAACCACGCCAAAAUUAUAACAAUUAAAAUAAUAAUUGGGAAAUUAUAAUGACGAGUUCUGUGGUAGUGUUAAUGUUAUGGGGCACUCGUCCCAGACCUUGCCAAAAUUAAGCGUAGCGGCGUCAAACUUUUUUUAAAAAAAAUAUUGUUUAAACCCGUUGUUAAAUUUAUUAUUUAGAAAAAUUUUAUGUAGAACUGUUUUGCUUCUUGCGGAAACUUUGACGGGAGAAGCUUUGUCCAUGAACUCGUGUAGACGAUGGAUUGGAUACGUCAGAGACUGUGAAAUAACUUUGUACAAAAUAUAGAUUUUUAUCGUCCUCGGAGAAAGCCGGGACAACGAUUGAUAGUGAUAAAAUGUCUAAUCAUUGUAAAUAUAAGGGCAUCUUCGCUCUUUCAUAACAUCGUGUACAUAAAGCAUUAUCUCAAAGAUCAUCAUCAGAUUAUAUUGAAAAGUUGUGUACAGUGAAUAAAGAUAAUUGUGAUUUUA